UUCAUAGAAGCGAGAGGGAAGUCGGAGAUGAAUGUUUGGAACAAAUUUUACGAAUUUUAUUUAUUACAAAGAACGUGGUUAUUAUAAAAAGUAGUUAAAUUAAAAUAUGAAUCUGCAGAGUUUAUUUCAAGAUUUUAAUCCUAGUAAAUUUCUUGUAUAUUCAUGCUUAUUAAUUUUUACAUUACUGUUUGCUUUACGUCUUGAUGGUGCCAUUUCUUGGAGUUAUUGGGCAAUUUUUUUGCCAUUAUGGAUAUGGAAAGCUUUUGUAAUAUCUGGUGCUAGUACAGGAAGUUAUAUUUGGUGGCAGCAUCCUCAAUAUAGAAUUGAAGGGGAAGGUUAUGUACAUUAUAAAGCAAUGUUAAUCAGUUUAGCACUCCAGUUAUUGUUGCUGAUGUUUGAAUUGCUAGUUUGUGAUAAAUUAGAAAACAGUCGUCAUUUGUGGAUUCUUGUAUUUAUACCACUGAUAUUUAUCUCUGUUGUUUCUGUGGCUGUUUGCAUUUGGGCAGUAAAACAUGACAGGUCAUUUGAGAUGGAAUUAUUUUGCUCAGUCAACAUUCUUCAAUUUAUAUUUUUAGCAUUGAGGCUAGAUGACUUUAUUGUAUGGAAUUGGGUUGUGGUAUUUGUUCCUUUGUGGAUAGUUAUGUGUUUGGCAGUUAUUGGUGUUCUUUAUGCGAUUAUAUUUGCAAGCAUUUUAUUAAGAACACCAGAAGUUGGUCCAGAACAACGUCGUACCAGUAUACAUUCUGCAAUUUCUUACAGUAUGAUAGUAGUGCCAUUGUUAAUUUUUUUGGUAUUAUUAUCUAAUAAACUGGACAGAGGAAGUAGUUUAAGCUAUACAGCUACUUGCAUUCCACUUUUUUUCACAUUUGUUGUACUCAUUCUCUUGUCAUUUGGAUCCAAAGGAGGAAAUCAUUGGUGGUUUGGAAUUCGCAAAGAUUUUUGCCAGUUUCUUCUAGGAGUGUGUCCAUUACUACAAGAAUAUGGAAAUAUAUCAUACAGUUUGCAUAGUAAUGAACCUGAAGAAAAUGAACCAUCUGAAAGAACAACAAUGUCAAGGAAACCACAGUACAUCCAUUCCAAGAAGAAAACACAUCUUACACAAUCAGAAAUUAGGGCAGUUGUUCCUGCACUUUCUAUUGAAAUGCCUGAUUAAUGUAUAUUAUUAUAAUCACAGAAGAAAUUAAAUAUGGUUGUAUUUUUUGUUGUGAUUCAAACAAAGCACAGCUGCAUUUUUUUAUUUGAAUUUUUGACAAAUAAAAAAAUAUUUUCUGUACAAUGGAUGGAUUAGAUUAAAUUGCCAGCAAGCUAUGAUUUCAAAUUUUUAGAAUAGUUUUAAUUUCUGUGAUAUGCCAACAUUUAAUGAUCAGAUCUGAUGCUUGAACUUGGAAACUUUCACAAUAACAUCAGAAAUUUCUGACCAUAGCUCAUUCAGUUAGAUUAACUUAGAAGAGAGAAUAAAUUGCAUUGUUUAUGAAUUAAUCAUUCCAAUCAAGAUUUGAUUUACACCAAUAGAUAUUGUUGAGAAACCAAAACAUUUAUGGUGGCUAAACUGCACAUUGCAUUACUUUCGACAAGGUUAUUCACAGCAUAAAGUAUUCAAAGUUCUUGCAUUUAUUGUACUAAUAGAUAUAUUGUCACUCAAAUAAGUACCUGUCAUGAAGAAAUUAUUUGUAUAUAAGUGUUUAUUUAUGCUACUAACUUAAAAAAACCAUUGUACAUAGAACAGCACAUACAAUUGUAUAAAAUGUGAAAAAAGUAACAUCAAUUCUAUGAUAUUUUUAAUUUUUGUAGAUAAAAAAAAUAGUUGCCAUGAAUAUGACAAUUUUUCCUGAUAUAUUUUUGAUAUAUGUUCCUAAAUGAAAAGUAAUUUGUAAUUCUAUAAUUGAUUACUUAAAAUCUAAGGUAUAUUUAUUUGCUCCCAUGUAAAAAUUUAUUUUAACAUGUACUUAUAUUUUACAAAUGGCACACUUUUUUCAAUAUUUUACAUAUAAAUUGAAUUAAUUUAAUCAUUUUUAUAUACAGCCUUUAUAGAUAAUGAAAUUCUAUUUAUUGAUUUUAGAUAAUGUUGAAUCUCAAUAGCUAAUUAUUAUAAAAUGUCAUAUGUUUAACAUUGUUAAAAUAACUCUUUACAUAGUAAGAUAUUUAUAAGUAAUAUAAUGUUAAGAAUUUAUUCACAUUGCCUUUAAUAUUUGUUAACUUUAAGUGUAUAAUUGUCAAAUCACAUAUUUUAAAAAGUAAUUUUUUUUUUUUGAUUUGUGAUAAAAUAU